UUUUCCUCCUAGGUCUUUGCUAUUGUCUCAUUAUUCCCCUCCUACGCUGCUCCUUGAGUGUCCUGGGCAGCUCAGGAGCUUUUCCGGAGGCAGACCAUGACCAAUCUCACAGCAGUAUCCAUCUUCCUCCUCCGGGGCUUCUCAGCUGUCCCGCAGUUACAGCUGCUCCACACUGCCACCUUCCUUCUCAUUUACCUGGCUGCGAUUCUGGGGAACAUCUCUAUUGUGGCCGCUGUGACACACGACGCCCGCCUGCACACACCCAUGUACUUCUUCCUCAAACACCUCUCCUUGGUGGAUAUCUGCUCCGUGUCCACCACCCUGCCCCGGGCCCUGGUGGCCACCACGCUGGGCUCCAGGGAGGUUUCCCUCUGUGCGUGUGCAUCCCAGCUCUUUGCCUUUGUCUGCCUUGGGUCCACGGAGUGUUUUCUCAUCACCUCCAUGGCUUUCGAUCGUUGUCUGGCCAUCUACAGGCCCCUGGUGUAUAGAGCAGCCAUGAGCCCCGAGACCUGCGUCUCCCUGGUGUCGGUGGCCUGGGGCAGCGGGCUCGUUUUCUCGGCCUUCCACACAGCCAACACCUUCUCCCUGCCCUUUUGUGGCCCCAAUGUGAUUGACCACUUCUUCUGCGACAUCCCCCCACUCAUGCGUCUAGCCUGUGCCAAUGCAGAUGACCAUGAGGCUUCAGGAUUUGCGGUCAGUGGCUGCGUCAUCAUGAGCUGCUUUGGCCUCACUGUCUUGUCCUACGUCCGCAUCUUGGCCACUGUGUUUCAGAUCCACUCUGCCGCCGGCUGCUGGAAGGCCUUCUCCACAUGUUCUUCCCACCUGGCCACCGUGCUCCUGUUUUAUGGCACUGGCAGCUCUGCCUACAUGCAGCCCAGCAGCAGCUACUCCCUGAUGCAAGGGCGCAUGGCUGCUGUCUUCUACUCCAUCCUCACACCCGCCCUGAAUCCACUUAUCUAUGGCCUGAGGAACAAGGACGUGAAGGGAGCCCUGCAGAAGCUUUAUCCUCGGGGGCCAUUUUAGGAGUUGGCAUCUGGACAUGGGAGGGACCCAGAAAUCCGCCCUCACAGGAUUUUCCCUGUGGUCACAAUGAAGGUGCUAGUGCCUCCAGAGACCACCAGGAACACACCUGUUGCCAAAAAGUUGGCAACAAAGUUGGAUGACAAUGAUCCAUUCAGGAGGCCCGGGUAGAUGUCCAGGUAAGACAGAGAUAUGUCUGAUGGGGUUGAUUUAGGUAAAUGGUACUAUAUGUACAUGGGGAAGAUGGAGCAAGAGGGAGUGAAUAAUUUAAAUAGUAGGGAUCACUCCAUCCAAAAGCCCCUUCAAUGACCCUACAUCCCGGACUGUAGAUCCAACAGGAGAUCUUCCUUUCAGUUUCCAUGGGCCUUCCACAGAUGGGCACACCUUGGCCUACUCACGUGCUUCUCAUGGCUAGGGGUAGACAUUUAAUAUCUGUUUUCCUGUAUGGUGACUAACAUAAUAAAAAAACAUUAAUAUAAAAAAAAAUCUGUUCUCUGUGCAAGCCAAUGACUUCAACAGAAGAAGCAACUAUUCCAGA